AUGUCGCGGCGGUCAACUGUGGCCCUCUGCUUGAUGGCUGUUAUCCUCCACUUCCUGCCCCAACACACUGUUGCUGAGAACGUAAGCUGCCUCAAUGGAGGGUCUUGGAAUGGUCAGUUCUGCCUUUGCCCCAGCGGCUUCACGGGAGAUCGAUGUCAGCAUGUUUCUGUCAUCUGCCAGAAUGGAGGCUCAUGGGAUGGGCUCAAAUGUCAGUGCACCAGCGUCUUCUAUGGGCCAAGGUGUGAGUACGUGGUGGAGAGCAUUGAGAUAGAGCAGACAGUCUCUGCCUCUGUGGAAGUGACUGUCAGAGUGACCAGUGAAGAUUUCAGUGAGGACCUACUGAAUAAUAGCUCCCAGAAAUUCAAGGACUUCAGUAAGAAAUUCACAGAGCAGAUGGCAAUCAUUUAUGCCGGGAUCCCUGAAUAUGCAGGAGUUGUCAUCAAAGAACUAAGGCGUGGCAGUGUGGUGGUAGAUUAUGAUGUCAUCCUGAAGGCCCCGUACACCCAAGAAUACCAAGAGGAAUUCCAGAACAUCAGCAUGGAUGUGAAGGAAAAAAUCAAGGCUGCAACCGAAAAGCAAAUAAGCGGCGCUAAUAAUACCUGUUCAACUUUACUGUGUUUCGACUCAAGCGCCACCCAGGUGCAAAAUGUGUCAGUCAAGAACUAUAAUCCUGAAGAGACAUGCAAGAAGGUAGCUGGGGAUGUGUACAGUCAAUACUUCACAGUGGAACACAAGAAUGAUAAGCUUUACUGUAUCACACCGUGCAUGUCCGGCUUCAAAGCCUCCUUGGAAUGUAACUACGGCAAAUGCCAGCUGGAGCGAAGUGGUCCUCGGUGCCUCUGCCUGACAACAGAUACUCACUGGUACAGUGGGGAGGCCUGUGAUUGGGGCAUCCAGAAGAGUCUGGUGUAUGGGCUGGUGGGAGCUGGGGUCGCCGUGCUGUUGGUGAUCCUUGUCAUUCUCCUGGUGUUCUCCAUCCGCUACAGAAGAGAGGCACAAAGCCAAAGGUCCAGAGUGUCCGACUUGUACAAGUGGAAUGAAGAGGAAGGCAGAUCAACUCCUGGAUCAUUCCAGAACAUUGGCUUUGACUUGCGUGAAGAACGAGAAGACUAUGUUCACAUGGAUUCUAUGUACAGCAACUUCCAGCCUUCACUGAACAACAUAGACCCUGAAAGAAAGAUACAAAUUCAGAGGCCCCAGGUAGUCAUGACUGCAUUGUAA